AUGGCACCCUACACAGCCUCUCUCUCCAUACCUACAUAUGACAGCCUGAGCUUCUCUGACAAGGACAGAAUAAAAUUAAGGAAACCCUUAGUGGAGAAGAUGCGCAGAGAUCGCAUCAACACCUGCAUCGAGCAGCUCAAGUCCCUGCUGGAGAAGGAGGUCCAGAGCCAGGACCCAAACGCUAAGCUGGAGAAGGCCGACAUCCUGGAGAUGACGGUCAGCUUCCUGAGGCGGCAGCGGCAGCUCGGGCCUGUCCAGAGCCAGAGGGACUAUAAGGAGGGCUACUCCCAGUGCUGGAGGGAGUCCGUGCAGUUCCUCAACGCCAGCUCCAGCAGAGGAGCGCCUCUCAGGGAACACCACAGCCCUCAGAGAGCCCCCCAGGACCUGUCCUCUUCAUCCUACUCAUCCUCAUCCUCAUCCUCUUCAUCCUCCUCCUUCCUGUCCGUCUCGUCUCCUGUCAUCUCCAAACAGAGCUCAGUCAGCGUCAUCCACCAUGCUGGGAGCAAGAGGCCUGUUUGGAGGCCGUGGCAGUAAUGCCCACAGACACUAAUACGACUAAACCUGAGGGAUGUUGUGUGUCCCUCAAAAGUGUUGGAGAAGUUUUAUUUCCACCAAUCUAAUUUGUUAAAGUUUCUCAUCAUAUUGAUGGACAAAUGUUACAGAAAGAUUCUUUGUUUUGUUCAGAGGAGUCUUGUGUAUCCAAGAUAAUUCAGAUCCUAGUUAAAGCUGUAGAUUUUUCAGUGAUUCUAACAUCUAAUCAACAAUCAGCUUAUCUUGUAGAGGUAGCAUUGUUUUCCAAU